UGAUCCAACAUGGCUGAGCCCAGACUUCCCUGAUCUCACCUGACCCAGUUUGGCAGCGCUGAUGCGGGCGGCGUAGAGAGGACUGUGCGGGGAUAGCGCUGAUGGUGAGCCUGUGUCAUGUAGCAGUGCUGGGGCUGUCACCGCUCAGCUGUGCAGUGUACGCCCGGCUGCUGUCUCUGGUACCUGCCACUUGUGUAGGGAGGAGUGCACCGCUCUUCUAAUGGGUGUCCUCUGAUAAGGGAUUACUCGGAGGCUUCCUUGUGCUCUGCAGCAGGCUGCAGAUACUAAAAUGUGACAAGUCUACAACUUCACACUCUCUAGUAUCAUGGCCAAAAUGGAGUGCUUAGUAAAGUCUAUUAAGAAAGAACUUGGCAUUGACCGAAAUCAGCUUGCCGCCUGUGAGUCGGAGAAUCAUGUCGUUGCCCUUGUGUCUCAGAAAUGGCUUUUGAACCUGAAGGAACGUAGAGCAGUUCCGGUGCAAUGUCCAAAGCCAGAGGGAUUCAGUUGUGUGGAAAUACAGACUUUUUUGCAGAGAUCUGUACAAAAGUUACCAAUUGGCUGGACAAGGAUAGAGAUCCACGGACUACUGAAAAGAAAGCUAGCCUAUACUGUGGCUUUAGACAAUGGUUUCCUUCAAGGACAAAGAGGUGACUCUGAGUCUUUGAUUAGGUUUAUGCACAAUGUUGCUCAGCAGAACUAUAAGAAUAUGUGGAAGAAAACUUGCAGAACUUAUGUAGAACCCUAUGAAAAUGUAACUAAAGUGCCAAGCAUGCAGGCCCUAGAUGCUCUAAAACUGUCUCUCCAAAAAGUCUAUGGUUGUUCCUUCAUACACGUAACUAAAUCAUCCACAAGUGUCUCUCCUGCUAAAGAAAGUGCCAAUUUUGUUCUAGGAUCUCCUUCUUGUCCGAAUAUUGUUCCAGCUGAUGCUUUGAUAGAGUCAGCGGAUAUGAUCUAUAUUAUCUUACCUUAUGUGCAGUAUUCAUUGUAUGAUGCCGUCACUUUUAGCCCAGCAAAACUUGCAAACAGCCAUGCCAAAGUUCUCUUCAUUCUGUAUAAUAUCCUACAGGCCAUGAAAGCUUGUCACCAGGCAGGCCUAUCCAGUGGAGCUAUCUCAUUAUGCAAUGUAGCUGUUGAUGAGAAACUUUGCAGUCAGUUAAGACCCAACUUUAUGGAUUAUGAGACACCGUUUGAAAGCAUUUUAGACAGCAGGGACAGUUUAGAAGAUGUUGUGGACCAAGUGAAAUGUAGUCGACUUUGCACUUCAUGUAACAGUGAGUUGAAAGAGUUAGUUAUAGGCUGGAUUCACGGAAGAGUUAGUAACUUUGACUACCUUAUGUACCUGAACAAACUGGGUGGAAGAAGAGAAGGUGAUCCUAAUUAUCAUCCAGUCUUACCAUGGGUUGUUGAUUUUACUACCAAAAAUGGCAAAUUUCGAGACCUGAAGAAAUCGAAAUUCCGUCUCAACAAAGGGGAUAAACAACUGGAAUUUACAUAUGAGAUGACAAAGCAAGCCUUUGUUGCUGGAGGUGGCAGUUCCGACCAGUUGCAUGUUCCUCAUCAUAUCUCUGAUGUGCUAUCUGAUAUCACAUACUAUGUAUAUAAAGCCAGAAGGACUCCAAAAGCAGUGCUGUGCAAUCAUGUAAGGUCUCAGUGGGAGCCCAAUGAAUACCCUGCAAGUAUGGAACGUAUGCAAGGGUGGACACCAGAUGAAUGUAUUCCAGAGUUUUAUACAGAUCCCACAAUAUUCAAAUCUAUUCAUCCAGACAUGCCUGAUCUUGACAUCCCAUCUUGGUGCAGCUCCUAUGAAGACUUCAUCCGUGCUCACCGAGCACUUCUGGAAAGCAGGGAUGUUUCUCAGGAUCUUCACCAUUGGAUUGAUCUAACAUUUGGGUACAAGUUGAGAGGGAAGAAUGCAGUUAAAGAAAAAAAUGUUUGUCUUCAUCUUGUGGAUAAUCAUACUAACUUGACAUGCUUUGGGGUUGUACAGUUGUUUGAUCAACCACAUCCUAAGCGACUUCUGGGCCCUGGGUUUUCCUUAUAUGAGGCCCCUAAUAUAGCCCCGUCUAAACAAAAUAUAAUUGAGAUGACUGCAUGUAAUAAAGAUGUUGGUGAUCUGUUACUAGAGGCCACUGCUUGUGAAAGCCAUUGGACUAGUGAAAAAGGGAGCUCUGUGGAUGAAGAUCUGGAACAAGGGACUGAAGCUCUAGAUGCUUUAGGAUCUGCAGGAAAGAAUAGUGAGCCUGCCGCUAUACCUUCCCUCCAAAUCAGCAGUGUCGGUAGCUUUUCAAGUGAAAGCAGAGCCCCACCAGUUAAGUCAAAUAGACAAUAUAAGGGUGUAUCUGAUGAAAAUGGUGGAAAAAUCUCACUUCCCGAAGGUUUUAACCCAAUACAGGCUCUAGAAGAACUGGAAAAACUGGACAACUUUUUAGUUCAAGGUUUGCAUAGCACCAUUCUUCCUGUGAAAGAGUCUCAAAAGAAACUUCCACUGAGCCUGCUAGAUUUUUUUGAGAGAGAUAUUCAAGCGCUGGGCGUGAUGAUGGCAGAGAUUAUUUUUGCACCAAAAAUUCAUACUACAGCACCAAAAGCUCAAAUGCGGGAACGGUUUUCUUUGGUCCGUAAUCUGUGCAGACACCAUGUCAAAGAGAUUCCAAAUCCUCUUUUACAGAUGCUAGAGUCUUUGUUGCAAAUCCACGUGCCAGAUGUAUUUUUCAGUGGUAUGAACAUUGAGGAACCAGGGAAACUUUUUGAAUUCCCCCCAAUUUCAAAUGGUCUUCCUUCACCCUGUCCCUCACAGCUCCUUAGUCCUUUUUGUUCCACCAUUCCUUUCCCUAAGUACUUUCCAAACCUGCAUAAAUUUAUUUUAACCUAUCAGUCUAGAAGAACAGAAGAUGACAGCCAAGGCCGGGAACUUGUGUUCCAAUUGUGGCAGCAAAUAGAUGGUAUACUUUGUGAUAUCACUCCUGAAGGUUUAGAGAUCAUUCUUCCUUUUAUCCUGUCUUUGAUGACAGAACAGAGCACGGCUGUAUAUACAGCUUGGUAUCUUUUUGAGCCCGUGGCCAAAGCUUUAGGACCUAAAAAUGCUAAUAAGUAUCUCAUGAAGCCACUGAUUGGUGCAUAUGAAAACCCUUCAUAUCUUCAUGGAAGAUUUUACCUUUACACAGAUUGCUUUGUGGCCCAGCUAAUAGUACGUUUGGGCUUGCAAGCAUUUCUUUCUAAUCUCCUUAAUCAUGUGCUGCAAAUACUUGUUGGUGUGGAAAGUUCUGGAGAUGAAGGAAAGCUACUGUCGGGAGCUGCUGAGGAUGAGGAAAGUGGUGGUGACAGCCCAGUCUCAUGUGAAUUUGAAGGCAGGCACAAUAGUGUAGAUCGAAGUUCCUCGUCCCAUGAACUCUUGGACUAUACUUCUGGAGUCAGCUUUCAUGACCAGGUUUAUUUGGCAGAAAAUGAGGACUUUCAGUCUGGCAUUUAUAUUGGUGAUCCUCUUCAGCCACAGGAAGCGGAAUCUCUAAGCCUUGGUCGUUUAAGUGACAAAAGCAGCGCAAGUGAAGUUUCUCUUGGAGAUGAGAAAGUGACAGAUAAUGAUUCCAUUAGAGAAAAAGGUAGUAUGAAGUCUGGAGACAGCAGCCAAGAUCUAAAGCAGAGUGAGGAAUCUGAAGAAGAGGAAGAGCGAGAAUGUUCCCCAGGUCCUUCAGAGCUAACCCUGUCAGUCAGUACCGAUACCUCUGCUGAGACGGUGCUGGCCAAUGAUAGUAGAGAACUUGAAGAAGAUGAACCUGAUUUAACCAACCAGACAAAGGAAAAAGAACAGAAGAUCUUGAUAGAUACAGCCUGCAAAAUGGUGAGGUGGCUGUCGGCCAAGUUGGGCCCUACCGUGACCUCCCGCUGCAUUGCAAGGAAUUUGCUGAGGUUGCUGACGUCCUGUUAUGUUGGUCACCAGAGACAUCAGUUUUUCUCUACCAUGGAGGAGAGUAGCCCGCUUAAUGUCAAGAGACCAGUGUGUGGAGAUCAGGUGUCCAAACCAGUGCUGGACUGUCUGAUGCACAUGGCGCACCUGUAUGGAGAGCCGUUUCUAACGUAUCAGUAUCUGCCUUACAUUAGCUACCUGGUUGCCCCCAGCAGUGGGUGCAGGCUGAACAGCCGCAAAGAAGCUGGACUGCUUGCUGCUGUCACCCUUACUCAGAAGAUCAUCAUAUACCUUUCGGACACCACCCUCAUGGAUAUUUUGCCCAAAAUUAACCAAGAUGUUCUGCUACCAGUGUUGAGUUUUCUAACCUCCACCACUGUUGGAUUUCCCAGUGGUCCCCAAGCCCGGGUUGCUCUUUGUGUAAAAUGUAGCAGUCUCAUCUCGCUCAUCUGUCUUAGAAUAGGAAGAGAAAUGGUCCAGCAACAUCUUGGCGAUGCUCUCGGAAUGUUUUUCAGUAACUUCACUGUACUGCAGGACAUCCAUAAGCAGGGACUAGUGGCAGAGACGCAGAAUUCAUUGGAAUCAUUUGUGCAGAAUGUUAUCUGUUCUGAUGGAAGAACGCUACCCGUGGACUUGACUCUGAUCGAGGAGCUGGAGAAAGUGUUUAAUCCAGAAAUGGCGUACGCAACGUUCAUCCCAUUUUCCUGUCUUAUAGGUGAUGUCAUUGUUCAUUUGGUUCCAAACCAUGACUUAAUAUGGAGACUGACCAUGGUUUAUCAGGAAGCAGUAAUUCCAAAGGAAACCGGCAGUAGGACACAAUUAUUUGAGUAUGGUGGCAGAAGGAGUUCUCCUGCAUACAGCUCAGAGGAGGACACUCAGUCAGGCACUUUUGGAAGUGUCAUGGUUGGCAAUCGUAUUCAAGUACCUAAAGAGAACCAGCAGCCAGCAUCAAGGUCCUCCUGCUGCAGUCCUGUAGUGGAGAAGUUCCAGUGUGAUGAGAACACUUUCAAGCAGGACCUUCAAAAAAGUGCUCAUGGGCUUUGUGGUAACUGGCUGGCGUACUGGCAGUAUGAAAUUGGUGUGAGCCAACAAGAACCGCACUUCUACUUCCACCAGAUCAAGCUUCAGAGCUUUGUGGGCCACUCUGGUGCAAUUAAAUGUGUUAAACCUUUAAGUGGAGAAGAUUUCUUUCUGAGUGGCAGCAAGGACAAAACUGUCCGCCUAUGGCCUUUGUAUAACUAUGGAGAUGGUACCAGAGAGAUUGAGCCACGUCUCACCUAUACAGAGCACAAGAAGACCGUGUUUUAUGUGGGUCAGCUGGAGUCUGUGCAGCAGAUUGUCAGUUGUGAUGGAGGAAUUUGCAUAUGGGACCAGUAUACAGGUAAAACCAUUCGCUCUUUCGAGGCCGGAGACACUAAAGUCCCCAUAACAGCAGUGGCCACAAUGCCGCCUCCUUACUGCAGUGUGACAUUUGGAAGUUCCGAUUCUGUUCUACGUUUCAUUGACCCCCGGAAACCUGGGCUUCAGCAUGAAUUUAAGCUGGCCAGCCACCUGAAUGCAGGACUUAUCCGCUAUCUGGCCGUCAGCCCAAAUGGACGCAGCGUUGUUGCAGGCUAUUCUUCUGGAUUUAUUAUCCUGCUGGACACCAGGACUGGUCUGGUACUCAGAGGGUGGCCUGCACAUGAAGGGGACAUCCUGCAGAUGAAGGCAUCAGAUGGAAACAUCAUUGUUAGCUCCUCCUCAGACCAUUCCCUCACUGUCUGGAAGGAGCUUGAGCAGAAACCCUUACAUCAGUUCAAGUCGAAUUCUGAUCCAAUUCAUGCUCUUGAUCUGUACGGCAGUGAGAUAAUAACCGGGACCGUGGCUAAUAAAAUUGGCAUCUACUCUUCUCUCGACUCCUCAACACAGCCAAACAGCACAACCAAACUCAGCUCGGAGAACUUCAAGGGGACCUUAACUAACUUGGCUGUCUUACCUACCAAGAGACUACUUCUCCUGGGCUCUGACAAUGGAGUAGUCCGGCUCCUGGCAUAAUAGUCAUUGAAGUUUGGGAAACCUCUGUAACAAUAAUGUAAAACUUUCUUCAAAAAGCCAUAGACCUGUUACUCUCUAGUGUUCAUAGUAGUCCUAGUAAGACCAGCAAGCAUUCUGUUGGAAGUCCAGGUGGCAUAUCUACCCAUGAAGUAUUAAACAGGAGGUGCUUCUAGCAUGGAAGAGAUGGCAUACAGACACCUGGACCUUUUACUAUUUAUUUAAGUCAAUGUAAAAUCUAAUUGUACUACUACAUCAAAAUUCCUGAUUAUGUACUAUACAUCAUGGCGCUGCCUACACAAAUGCAAUGCUGGCCAUUUUCUACGUUAGAGGAAAGCCAGCGUUGUGUUCAGGAGCUGAGAGGACGACCAGUAUCUGUUUAGUUUGCACUUUAAAUGAUUCCCUUGAAAUAUGCAUAGCGUAUUUUAUAUGAAUUGUAUGAAUUGGUCUGCUUUAUCAAAACUGCUUGCCCAUAAUAGACACCAAUCAGAGGUCAGAUUUCAUUUGUCUCAUUUUUCAGGAGAAUUGAAAUCUGCAGUGUGAUUGGUUGCUAUGGGCCUUAAGACCACAUUUCACUUCAGGCACUUUUGAUAAAUAUGGUCCAGUUUCUAUGGUUUGGAGGUAUUUUACAUAAAAUGUAGCGGCAAUUCCCUAACAUUGUAUUAUGGUUUGAAAGGGGUUCUCUGGGGCUUUACCUAAAUUCUCUGUUAAAACUAACCUGUUGAAGGGAGUACUUACCCCUCCUUUGCGCUGACAAUUCUGCAAUCUUGCCUGUGAUCAUGUGACCGCCCGAUGGGCAGUGGGCUCUUCCACUGAGGUCUUGACCAGACGUGCACCUGUGUCUCCCUGUUCAACUGCAUGUGCGUUAUGCAGCUGAACAGGGAGACACAGUAGCACGUCUGGUCAAGACUAGCGGAAGAACCUAAAGCCAGUCACAGCCUGCAGCCAGAUUCAGCGGUGAGACAGAAGGGUAAGUACAGCUGAAACAUUCUUCCUUCCACAGGUUAGGCUACUUUCACAUCUGCGGCAGGGGAUCAGCAAAAAAACGCAUCCGGUCAAUAAUACAACCAUUCGGAACAGAUCUGGUUGUAUCAUCUCCAAAAAGAACGUGUCAGAAGAAACGGAUCUGUCUUGAUCUAAUGAUCAAGACGGAUCCGUUUCUUCUGACACGUUCUUUCCCAUUAUGCACACAAAAUUACUGCUUUCCGCUGUUUUGUGUCUGCCAUGGGAUCGGAAUGCAUUCUGGUGCACUCCAUUUCAGUUUGUUCAGUUUUGUCUCCAUUGAUAAUGAAUGGGGACAAAACUGAUGCGUUUUCCUCCGGUUUUGAGAUCCUCUGUCUGAUCUCAAAACCGGACAAGAAAACGCAGAUGUGAACAUAGCCGUAGCUGAAACAGAGAGUUUAGGUAAAUCUCCGAAGAUCCCCUUCAAAGGGGUUGGCCGUUUUCCUAUAUUGAUGACAUAUCCUCAGGAUAGGUGGUGGUCUGACUUCCCCGCAUUCAGCUGAUCGGGUGCUGGGAGUCGGACUCCCAACAAUGUGAUAUUGAUGACCUAUCCUGACAGUAGGUCAUCAGUAUAGGAAACUGGCCAACCCCUUUAAGUGCAAAUAGAGUAGGACAACUGGAAAUAUUCUAGAUUUACUGCCACCUCUCUCAGGCUAUUUGUCAAGACAAUAGCUGCCCUUGGGUGUUUUUGGACCACCAUAGCCAGGUUUACCCAGGGCACUGUAUGACUUCUACAUAUAAAAAACCUCCACCAGUCAAAUGUAAAACGCAUAGAACAUUAUGAAGUUACGAUUCGUACCAUGGAGUACAUAGUUAGAGCCGCUGAUAUAUAUUUCUGAUAUAUAUUUUUGUAACUGCAAUAUGAUUAAUCUUCUUCCAUUCAAAAGCAAAGAUACAAUGUAAGGCCUCUUUCAUCUGACCGUUUUUUUUUUUUCCCGUUUACGGGCCGUUUUUUGCGUUCCGUAUACGGUCUGUGUAUAGAACAAUUCAUUUCAAUGGUUCCCCCAA